AUGUCUUCAUCAACAACGUCUUGUGUUGUAUGCGAAAAUAAAACUAUUAAUAGUACAUUUAAAUGUGAAGGAUGUUUACAAACAUUUUGUCUAAAACACACCAAUGAACAUCAACAAUAUCUUAGUCAUCAAUUAAAUGAAAUAAUUCAUGAACAUGAAAAUAUUUUUUAUACAUUCAACGAACAUAAACAAUCAUCAUUAUUAUUCGAUCAAAUUAAUCAAUGGGAAAACGAUUCAAUUAAAAAAAUACAACAAACAGCACACAAUGUUCGAAUACAAAUUGAACAAUUUUCUGAAUUACAAAAAGAACAAUCAAAAGAAAAAUUUAAUCAAAUAAGUAAACAAUUGGAAAAUGCUCGUCAAAAUCAUGAAUAUCUUGAACAAGAUCUUUUUCGAUGGAAAAUUCUUUUAAAACAAUUUAAAUAUGAUUUGACUAUACUUUCACCAUCGAUUAUUCUUCAUCAAGAUUAUAAUAAAACAUUAAUUAAUAAUAUAUCUAUUAUGAAAAUGGAUCAACAAUCAACUUUAAAUGAAACAUUUAUUAGUUUUUCAGAUGAAAUUAAAUUUGAUGAUAAUCAUCAUAUUGCUAUGCAUUGUGGUCCUUAUCGGAAUCCUGCUUAUAUUACUGGUACACAAGAAUAUUUAUCAGGUCAACAUCAAAUACGAUUAUUUAUUAGUAAAAUGACAAAUCAAUUUAUUCUUUCAUUUAAUAUUAUGUCAAAAUUAAUGCCAUUAUCAUCAAAUUUAUUUGAUUCACAAUAUUUUAUUUAUGGUUGGCAAAAUGAUGAUUGUGUUAAUCCUUCUCAAUCUUCUUUAUCGAGUUCAAAAAAUUGUCGAGAUUUAAAAGGAAAAACAGAAUAUCAUAUUAGUCUUUUUAUUGAUUGUGAUAAACAUACUAUUAGUUAUUUCAAUGAAAAAACAAAACAAACAAGAGAAAUUAAUGUUGAUAUAGAAAAAUGUCCUUUACCAUGGAAACUUCUUUUUUAUUUAUAUGAUGUUGGAGAUUCUGUUCGACUUCUUUCUUCAUCUCAAAUAUCAUAA